UUUUUUAAAAACUAGAUAGGAUUCUUGUUAUUUGAAGGAACACAUUCAAAUAAAGCGCCACGCAUCUAUUUCUCCUCUUUUCCGUCUAUUAAGAUUAUGUUUUGGGGAAUGUUUUUAUCUGAACACGGGGAAGAAGCUAUGAAAAUGCUUGUGAAAGAAGCAGUUUGGUACCACAAUUUUCAAGGAUUAAUGCUCCAAAAUUAUCACACGAAAAGUCUCCCCUAUGAAAAAACACGUCUACUCUUUGAGGCUAUCCUUAAAUGCCAUAGUGCCUUUUCUGCGUUGGUCGAUAUCAUGUAUUUGGUCGAAAAGGGGCAGUGGUGCGACAGCCGGGACACUUUGUAUCGCAUUCUCAACCUCUACAGAUCAAAGUUUUACGAGGAGCUUUCCAAAACUGCUGAUAAGGUGACAGAGUUUAAGAGCCACAUCGAGGAUUAUAAAGCAGAAGCAGAAUCUCUAGACACAGGACGUCUUAAUGACACCUGUGUCUUUCGUCGCUAUGAAAAAUUUGAGAUUGAAGCUUUAUUUGCAGCCGAAACAGAGUUUUCUGAUUUACAGAACGAGAAUAUGAACAUCAUCUCUAAAAAUCUUGCGAUAAGUAACAAGAAAAGGAGGUGCCCGUUUGUGGAAUAUGAAUAUGGCACUGAAAGCUGCAAAACCCUGGAGAUUGAUCCUCGUAAUAUUUUUGGUGGAUAUGAAUCACUUUUGAUGGAUCUUAGCAAGCCUGAAUCUUCAAAAGCAAUAGAUUUACUUUUGGAAAAAAUAAGACUGUACAAUGGUUAUGCUCAUUGCAUGGAUGAAUUUGCCCACGAGGAAAAUACCCCCUGGGAGCAAAAACAGCUACUUUUGAAGGUCUGCCGUGAAUUUGUAAAUGCCUACAAGGCUGUGGUUCAGCUCAUGUAUCAGGUCGAAAGCAGGGAGUGGUGUGACAAACUGGACCAGUUGUAUUUCGCUAUCGAUUUGUAUCAAACAGACCUUGACAACGAGCUUGUUAAAAUUUAUGAUAAGGUUACACAGUUUAGAGACUACCUUGAGACGUAUAGAUCAGAGGGAAAAUUUUUCCGUGGUAGCUAUCUCUAUCCGCACCAUGAGUAUUUCCAGAUUAAAGCUUCUCUUGUACAUUCAAGAGUAAACUCUGAUUCACAGGAGGAGAAUUCGGACCUCGCCACAGAGGUUCUUUCUCCUGCGAGACAUGAAGAGAAAGAGGUUGUAGUAGAUGAUGAUGAUGAUUAUGAGUAUCUUUUUGAGUAAUCUUUGGAGCCAGUGAGACCUAAAUGCAGCGGGCUACCAGACUUUUCUCUCUAGCUUGUGCUUCCUGUAUUUUGUGUAUGUGAAUGUCAGCGUCAUUUCCAACCAACCUUUAGUUCGUUGUUUAUGGAUCCUGGAAUCUGUGAACCCGUAUGUGUAUAUAGCGUUAAGUUAUCUGUGGAACCGUCCAUAAUCAACUAAAAUGGUUGCCAACUGAACUGUAAUCUUUUGCUAACAAGAGUAGUUAAGGUGGUGGUCUUGUUUUGUUCUUGUAUGCAUAUUUUUUAUUUUUAUUUUUUUUGCCUCUUCUCAUA